AUGUCGGUCCGCAUCCAACUCGACGAUCCGCACACCUUCUACACAAACCUGGACUUCAUCAGCGGCCGGGUCAUCCUCAGUCUGCCCAGCGAAGAGAGUGUCUCUGCCAUUGUCGUGAAGCUGGAGGGCGAGAGCAGGACGAUGCUUAUGCGCCCCCCGAACGUGCCGAAUACGCUGUACUCGCAGCGCAACCGGCGCGAGGGCAUCGUGGAGGAGAACCACAAGAUCCUGUACAAAGUCAUGCAGGUGUUCCCGAACGUCGCGGGCGGGCUGAGUUCCAUGGGUCCGGCGUUUAUGUUGAAGGCUGGGCAGCACGAGUACCCGUUCCGCAUGAAGAUCUCCUUUAACAACGGAUGCGCGGAUCCGCAGCAGAUCGGGCCUGGUCUUGGGGGGCUCGGCCUGGGAGGGCUGGCGCAGAUGCAGUACAGGCAUGUCAAGAAGACAUUACCGCCCUCUCUUACCGGAUUCCCGGGGGAGGCGGAAAUCAGAUACUUUGUGAAAGUCACGGUGCAGCGGCCAUCGAUGUUCAAGGAGAACAGACGCUCGGCCCUUGGGUUCCGCUUUAUGCCCAUUGAGCCUCCCAGGCCGCCGAAGACUACAAAUGAGAGUUUUGCGAGAAGGCCGUUCCAGUUCCAGGCGGGCUUAGCGGAACACCUGAAAAAACCAUCAAUGUUCAAGAAGAAGCCGACGCCAUUGUCGGACACGGCUCCUCAGGGCGAGAUCGACGCAAGAUUGCCGUCCCCGGCUAUCUUGACGUGCAAUGAGCCGUUGCCGCUGCGGCUUAUCGUGAGGAAGCUAAAUGAGAGCGCGGAACAGGUCUUCUUGGUUUCGUUGCAGGUGCAGCUGUUUGGCUACACGGAGGUCAGGGCGCAGGAUAUUGCAAGGACGGAGAUGAGCACGUGGGUUUUGAUAAGUCUGUCGGGACUGUCGAUACCGGUGGGGAGUCCGAGUGAUGCUGUGAAGACGGAGACGGUGAUCGAUAGUGCCCCCUGGGAUCGGAUUCCGCUGCCGAACACAGUGGCACCCUCAUUCGGAACGUGCAAUUUGACGAGAAGGUAUGAGUUGGAAGUGAAGGUUGGCCUGGGCUACGGGACUGUUGGUGACAUCCAACCUCAAAUCAUCGCCCUGCCCCUCCGCUUCCAAGUCGAGAUCUUCUCCGGUAUUCACCCUCCCCCCGCCCUCCUGGAAGCCAUGGCAUCUCAGCCCCCUGCGCUACCAGUCCGUCCCAACGUCCCACCCCGUCCCCAAGACCCAGCCUACCCGCCUCAACUCGGAACUCCCGGGGCGCCAGCAAUCGACGACGUACCGCCCAGCUACGAGGACGCCAUGGCCGAGAACCUCACUCCGGCUGUCGGUCCAGGGAGGGGGGAAUUCAGCGGUGUUACGGACGUUAACGCGCCAACUAUGGACGAGAAGGGCGCGGCGCCCAAGUACAGCGCCACGCAGAGCAAUCCAGGACCGGGACCCGGGAGGCCUGGGCCUUAA